UUCUGCAGCCUAUUGUUUCAGACAACAGAUAUAAGUUGCGAUGGAAGAGGAACGUCGGAUUUGGUGUCUGUCCCCCAUUUCCAAUUAUAGAUGGAUCAUUACAGACAGAGAAGUACUGAGAAUCCAGACAUCUGCUCUUCACAUGAAUGCACUCACCUCCUAGAGAACAGCCUGCCAUCAUGCUCUGGAAACUGGUUGAAAAUGUCAAGUAUGAAGAUAUCUAUGAGGACCGGCAUGAUGGAGUGCCCAGCCACAGUUCCAGGCUGUCCCAGCUGGGAUCCGUCUCCCAGGGACCCUACUCCAGCGCUCCUCCGCUCUCUCAUACCCCAUCCUCGGAUUUCCAGCCGCCUUAUUUCCCACCCCCUUACCAGCCUCUUCCUUACCACCAAAGCCAGGACCCUUACUCCCAUGUCAAUGACCCCUACUCCCUAAACCCCUUGCAUCAACCCCAGCAACACCCCUGGGGACAGAGGCAGAGGCAAGACGUGGGAUCAGAAACCGGGUCGCUGCUGCCACAGCCUCGGGCCGCCCUGCCCCAGCUUUCGGGACUGGACCCCAGGCGGGACUACCAUUCAGUAAGGAGGCCAGAUGUCCUUCUACAUUCAGCUCACCAUGGCCUUGACUCUGGCAUGGGGGACAGCCUUUCUCUGCAUGGCAUCGGACACCCAGGGAUGGAGGAGGUCCAGUCAGUUGAAGAUGCCAAUAACAGCGGUAUGAACUUAUUGGACCAGUCUGUCAUUAAAAAAGUUCCGGUUCCUCCAAAAUCUGUUACUUCUUUGAUGAUGAAUAAAGAUGGCUUCCUGGGUGGAAUCUCAGUCAAUACUGGAGAGGUGUUUUGCUCUGUACCUGGCCGCUUGUCUUUGCUUAGUUCAACUUCAAAGUAUAAAGUAACUGUGGGAGAAGUUCAAAGACGCCUUUCUCCUCCCGAGUGUCUCAAUGCAUCCCUCCUAGGAGGAGUACUUAGAAGAGCCAAAUCGAAAAACGGGGGGAGAUCUUUGCGAGAAAGGCUAGAAAAAAUCGGUUUGAAUUUACCAGCCGGCAGGCGUAAGGCCGCAAAUGUCACUUUACUCACCUCCCUGGUGGAAGGUGAGGCCGUACAUUUAGCUCGGGAUUUUGGGUACAUCUGCGAAACGGAAUUCCCAGCCAAAGCUGUUUCUGAGUACCUGAACAGACAGCACACGGACCCCAGCGACCUCCACUCCCGGAAAAAUAUGCUGCUUGCUACAAAGCAACUUUGUAAAGAAUUUACAGAUCUCUUGGCCCAGGACAGGACACCCAUUGGAAACAGCCGGCCCACCCCUAUUUUGGAACCGGGCAUUCAGAGCUGCUUGACUCACUUCAGCCUCAUCACUCAUGGCUUUGGGGCCCCCGCUAUCUGUGCUGCCCUCACAGCCCUUCAAAACUACCUGACUGAAGCUCUCAAAGGCAUGGACAAGAUGUUCUUGAACAACAACACUGCUAACAGGCACACAUCUGGCGAAGGACCAGCUUUGCCCGCUUGGCUUAUGAGCUUCUUCAAAGAGGACUAGAGAUCCCUACACAAUAUAUCAGGUACAGAGAAAAAAAAUCCACAAUUCUGAUAUUCUGAUACUUUUUUUUUUCUUUUUCAAAUCAAAGCCAGUUGUUUCCGAAUUCUGUAGGUGCACUUCUUUAAAGAAGCUCAAAGGGAAUAAUUUGAAUGAGAUAAAAAAAUAUGAGUUGAAACUGAGGUGUAAUGCUGCAAAGAAAAUAAGAGCUGUGUUGAAUGUUACCGCAUUUGCUUGGCACUAGGGUUUUGUACCCAGGGAGGAAAGGGUUGCCAUGUGAGCUGGCUCCUCGUGAUGGGAGUGGGGAGGGCUUGCCAGGGAAUAUCCUGAUUUCUAAGCUCAGUCUGAGGAAAUCUGUUUCUCUUAGAAAGCUUUUUUUAAAAAAAAAAGACCUGUCUUGUGACUCUUGCUUUAGAACAAGUCAAUGUAGGGGGGAGAAUCCUUCUUAACUUAAUGUUUUGCUUGGUGGUUUGGUGUGUGACAGGAUGUCUUAUGCAUAUGAUUUGGGGGGGUGCAGGGGGAGUCUGAUUUCUUUCCUUCUUUUUUUUUUUUUUUUUUUUUUUUUUAUAAGAUACAUUUCUUUGUCUUCUCUUGUAUAAAUAAUGCUGAAGUGUAAGGAUGUGAAUUCCUAGUUGGAUUCUGCUGUAUUGGGUAACUGCCUGUGUUUCUCAGUGGGGCAGAGUUCAUGCACUAGCACAUCUUUUUGUUUAUGUCAGAAGAGUUACUGAGUGCAGGUAAAUCUCCUGGAGUCACUGGCAAAACUCCAGUGGGCUCAGGCAUCCCCUAGGAUCCCUGUUAAAGCUUCAGCAAUCCCACCCACCCAAGCAGGCACAUCUGAAGCCAGAGAAAGAAAAAGAGAAACUUUAGUCUUGUUUUAGUUUCUUGAUACCUUCCAAAGUGGAUGGUGAGGGAGAAAUAAUUCAUCACUACACUACAUAGUCCCUGACAAAAUUCUCUUGAAAAAAGCAAAUGAGCCCCUUGAUUGUCACCCUUAGUGUCAUUAGCUGUCUGAGAAAUGGCUACAGCUGAGAAAUGGCCCUGCUCUGCUUUUCAAAUCUUUGUGCAGCAAGUGAAGGUCUUGGUUCUUGUUUCCUACUUGUGAGAUGGAAAUGUGUAUGUCAAUAGAAAUUCAGGAAUCACCCAACCCUAAGGAGCACUGAACCCUUUGGAGCUGCUCCUCAUUCAAGUACCUUUGGCUCCUCUGAGACAGAGUACUGUGGGGAAUAUCAUGUGAGAAAAGGGGGAAACUGAGACAGACAACCUUCUCCAUGGGCUGCUGGGGUGAGUUGGAGGUGCUCUUUGACCCUGGCAGUGGAUUUGGUGAUUGACAUGCCCCUGUGGAUGUCACCAGAGGAAGUGUGGAUCCCUGGGUGAUGUAGAUCUCAUGAAUCAUCAGUAGGCUGAGGACCCCCAGACUGAAGAGCAGCCUCCCACCCUUUGCCAAUUGUCCACAAUUUCAGCAGGACCUGGAGAAGGACAAUUGAAGCUCCAUUGCAGGGAAUGUCCCAGCAGUGAUACAUGGGAAAAGGAAGGGCUGCAUGUGUGUGUGUCUGGGGAGGAAUAAAUGGCACCACCUGAAAGCUUAUCUCAUGAUGAGACUAUUCUGUUUGUUGGAGCUGAGCACAAACAUGUUGCUUUGCCCACCCUCUGCAAAUAGCCUUUGUGAUGAGCCCAUGGGUCCAACCCUCCUCCAUGAUUCAGCCCUGUGUAGGCAGACCCCAAGUUAACUCACAGUCUUCCACCUCUCCACCUACACACGUAGGGACAUCGGGACCUGAUCCUUGUCAUUCCAGAGCUUCCAGCUGAAGGCUUUGGUGGGAUGUUGGAAAUGGUCCUUCCUUGUCUUUGGAGAGACAUUGGGGAUGCUCCUUUUAACUGCAGAAGACAGUACCACACCACCACUGUUGGUUAAUGCAGCUUCUUGAGGAAAGACCUGCACACACAUGUGCACAUGCACACAUGUGUGAGGGCCUGAUCCAGCUGCUGAAAUCUCCCUUAGGCACAGGUUUAGUCACCUGGACCAGGACCUAAACCUUGAGAAGGUUGAGUGAAGAAUUUCAGCUGGUAACUCCUGGCAACUUUGAAUCUGCCCCUUGUGCCUUCUACUUGGAAUAGGCAGACAAAAGCCAGGCUGUGCUUUGCUCAAGUGAAAUAAAGGCAAAUGUAAAAUUCCCAUUGAUUUUGGUGGGAAGCUCCUUGUUUGUUCUCCAAAGCAGGGAGACAAAAUCCACCAGUUUUCUGAUUGAAACACGACACAGGAGCAUACCCAUCUCUGUUUUUCUCCCAGCCUAGUACUGGUCCCAGAGAGAAGUGUUCAUUUAUCUGUGGCUCCUAUCAAUGCUGAGGACUGAGGUCCUCCAAAAACUACACUCAGUCUCCCCCUGGAAGGCAUUUACCUGCUCCCCUGCACUUUCCCAACCCAACUACUUGUGUUGGCGAGGCACCUCAGAUGCUUAUCUGAUAAUCGAGUUAUUAAAAGAUUUUGUUUCCUCGGGAUCAUAAAUCAAUAAAGAAUUUACGGCAGCUUUGCUUUUUAUCUCAAGGGAAAAGUUGGAGGAGAGACCGUGAAAAGUUUGUUUUCAAAACAAACAGGUGGGUUGCUGUAAAUUUAAUUUCAUUCUUAGUCUCUCUCUCUCUUUUUCUUAAUAACAACUCUUUAUUUUCCAUGGGCAAAUUCUUUGUUUUUGUAUGCUCCCUGACUUUUAAAAAUUAUUUUCCCCUGGUUGUUGUUCACACAAGGUGUGAAGGAAACAAGAAACCAAUUUUAUGGGAAUCCUUUUACAACCCGAUGAUUUCUUUAAAAUCGGGUCGUGUCUUGUCCCACCUAAUAGAAAUUCUCUGUGAGAAGCUGUUUCAAGUCCCUUUACAUCCCAGACCAACCUUCCCCAAAAUCCCCAAAUUUGCAUUUGGGGCUGGGUGGGAGGGAAGAGGGAGGAUGGUUUUAAGACCUUUAGCUGUGCCCAGAGGGCUUAUUCCCUUCCCCUGCUCAUUUCUUUCUGACCGGUUUAUCACGCAGACCUAUUCGGCUUUGUUUUAAUAUGUUUCUCGGAGAAUAUGGUGCUCGUUUCAGCUGCCGUAGGCAUUGCCAGAUCGAUCCAGCCAAACUCACCCCUCCCCUCCGGCUUCCCUAUGUAAGAGAGACCAUAGGCUUUUUACAAA